AUGGCCCCCGCAACUGAAGAUACAUUGACCAAAGUGUCUACCGAAGCUGCCACUGAGUUUGUUCAGACCUUCUACCAGGCUUUGAGAGCCAACCGCGAAUCCAUCGGCUCCUACUACGACGCCAAUCCGCAAACCAUCAUCUUCAAUGGAAACCCUGUGAGCGACGGCGCGGCCGUACAAGACAUCUUCGUCAACCAGAUGCCCCCGGCAAACUUCGAGAUCCAAUCAUACGACUGCCAGAUUGUCAACCCAGCAUACCCCACCACUCUGCCCGGCGGCGGAUUGAAGCCCACCUCCGAGAUGGGAGUCAAGGACAUGUCCAUCCUCAUCCUGGUCAGCGGAGCUGUGCGCUACGGAGAAAACCGCGAGCAGCCGCAGCGCGGAUUCAGCGAGACUUUCGUGUUGACCCCCAACCCAUCUGCCGAGCGCGUGCGAGGCCGCAAAGAUUUCUUGAUCCAAAGCCAGAACUUCCGCCUCGUGGUUUGA